GUCCGCAAUGGGAGCGGGAUGGGAGCGAGCGAGUGGCAGUAUUAAGGCAGGCAGUAGUAGGCCAUCCUUCCCAUCCCACCACCUUUCGCCGUCAUAAAUGUUUUUGAUCAGCAUCUUCAUUCUUCACCCUUUAAUCUCUCCUUUAUUUCCCCCCGCAUCCCAAGGAGCAAGUUUCUCUCUCGCUCUCUCUCUCUCUCUGGUGUUUAGAAUUUCAAAGAGCUUGGUUUACGUUGGAUAGGCUUGUGUUUACCGGAAGAGUUCAGAUUCUUUGCUGGGCCUUUGCGGUUGUGGGGUCCUGUUAUGACAGAAUGGGAACCGAGGAGAAGCGGCCUGUGGCUGAGGGGCAUGUUGUGAGUGAAUGCGAAAGCCCGGUUAUUGUCCCAGUUCGGAAGGUGGAAGACUCGAUGGGAGUAGCUAAAGAUACUCCAAACAGUCAUCCCUGGAAACGGAAAAAUCUCUUCCUAGAGAUACCCUCCAGAACAGCAGGAGAGUCCUCUCAGGAUUUUGUUAGUAUAAAGAUGCCCUCAACACCAACUCCCACUCCUAAGAAAGUAAAUUUUCUCCUAUCACAUGGUUCUAUUGAUGAAAGAAUUACUGGGUCUCCCGGGCCCUCCUCAGCUAGAGGCAGAUCAUCCAUAAGAAGUCUUUUACCAAAAUUAAGCUUCAUCUAUCGAACUUCCUCAGAUAUUGAGAAGGUCACCAAUCUAGCUUCUGAAGCUUCAUCAACAGAGGCACAAGAAAAGCCUUCAAUCUCAAGUUCAUAUUCACUUACAAAGAUAUUCACUCCUAGGGUGAAAAGAACAUCAUCACUUCCUGUAACUCCAAUUGCACAUUCAAACCCAGAAUCUGCACAUUCUGGGAGCACAAGUGGAUCUCACAAUUCAUGGAGAAAAGGAGCCCAGCUGCAGAUGUCUCGCUCUCUUUCAGUCCCUAUCAACAACAAAGAAAGAAAAAUAAGGAGGCUGGAUUCAUUUUUUCGUGUAAUUCCUUCUACACCUCGAGUGAAGGAAGUUGAUGCAGCAUCAAAUACUUCUCCAAUCAGGGAAGCUGAUAAGAAUGAUGAUGGUGGUGAAGACAUACCUGAAGAAGAGGCUGUUUGUAGAAUUUGUCUGAUUGAACUUUGUGAAGGCGGUGAGACUCUGAAGAUGGAAUGCAGCUGCAAAGGUGAACUUGCUCUGGCUCACCAAGAAUGUGCAAUAAAAUGGUUCAGCAUCAAGGGCAACAAGACAUGUGAUGUGUGCAAGCAAGAGGUUAAGAAUUUACCUGUCACUCUGUUACGCAUUCAAAGUAUUCGAAGCCGAAAUACUGGAGCAAAUAGAGCCCUGGCAGAUGUUGAUGGAUACAGGGUUUGGCAGGAGGUUCCAGUGCUCGUCAUUAUCAGCAUGCUUGCCUACUUUUGUUUUCUUGAACAGCUACUGGUUGGGAAAAUGGGUACUAGUGCAAUUGCUAUAUCUCUUCCAUUUUCUUGUGUGCUUGGUCUACUCUCAUCUAUGAUUUCCUCAACCAUGGUGGAGAGAAGAUUUGUUUGGGUUUUUGCGUCAAUCCAGUUUGCUCUGUUAGUUCUCUUUGCGCAUAUAUUUUACUCCUUGGUUCAAUUGCAAGCAGUUCUGUCCAUUCUGCUGGCAACAUUUGCUGGGCUCGGUGUUUCAAUGAGUGGAAGUUCUAUUCUUGUCGAAUUUUUGAGAUGGAGAAGAAGGUGGCAGGCUCGGUCUGAGCAGCAUCAUGGUUCACAAGUGAUGACUCAACCUCGUCGAUUUCCUAGAUCUCUAAAUUCACCACAGAUGCGCCCUCCCGAACACCACCACCAAUCUGAAGUGGAAAAUCGAGAUGCAUUUAGCGGGGGUUGAAAUGGUAUCCCAUUGGUUAAUAUCACAUUGUUUUGGUUAGAUAGCUAAUUUUGUUGCACCUGAGAAAGAGGAACGUGAUGUCUUUUAUAGUACUUCGCUAAGGCCACCAUAUAUGUAUUUUUACAUGUUUAUCACACAGACUUGUUUGUACAGGCUUCUGAUGGUAGUAGAAUUAAUGCAGGAUGCAUUAUUCUGUUGCAAUAUAUAUAUACACCACACAUACAUUUGCAGAUUUC